CUCAACCUUUCUCUUUAUCCACAACAACUCGCCCGCAUCUUCAUCCCACCCAGUCUCACGCCCGCUGCCCUCGUUUCGAUACCUUUAAACACCUUUCCGUCACCUCCCACCCUCCCACAAUGGCCGACCGCGAGCAACCUUACGACCCGUACAUUCCCACCGGCGGCGACGCCAACCAAGGCGGCCAGGGCCAGAAUGGCAACCAGCGCACCCAGGCACUCCAAGCGGAAAUCGACAGCACCGUAGGCAUCAUGCGCGACAACAUCAACAAAGUCUCCGAGCGUGGUGCUCGCUUGGACUCGCUCCAGGACAAGACCGACAACCUCGCCGUCUCCGCGCAGGGUUUCCGACGAGGCGCAAACCGUGUCCGCAAACAGAUGUGGUGGAAGGACAUGAAGAUGCGCAUGUGCCUCAUUGUCGGAAUCAUCAUCCUCCUCGUUGUCAUCAUUGUCCCCUCUGUCGUCGCAACCCGAUAGAUUGCCCUCUACGAUACCUCACGAAACGAAACAGCAGCACCAUUUAAUAGGAGAGGGAUCGAGUGUUUGAAAAGUUGGCAUAGCUGUCUGGAAAACGGCCUCAGUGGCUGCGAAAUGCACG